AUGCGCGCCGCCGAGGACGACCCGCUGCAGAAGCUGGCGCCCGCCGUGCUCAAGGUGGCGCGCGAGUGCCUCAGCAAGGAGUACAACGCGCUGGCCUGCUGGAAGCUGUUCCUGGUGCGGCGCGCCGACGGCUUCAUCGGCGACGUGCGCACGUCCGAGGUGAAGCACCAGGGCGGCGCCGCGUCGUUCGAGCUGCUGCCGGGCUUCGUGGCGCUGGAGAAGGACGCGCGCCGCCAGGACAACGAGGUGCUUGACGACCUGGAGGACGUCGGCGGCAUGGAGGCCAAGGACGACGUGCAGGGCCAGGACCUCGCCGAGGACCUCGCCGAGGACAACGACCUGCAGGACCCCGGCAGGGACCAGGAGUCGCUGGACCGCGCCCUCAUCGCGCGGACCAACAAGCUCUUCUCCGGGAGGCACGUGUCCGUCAGGGUGCUGCCCGGCGUCGCCCUCAAGGUGUCCCCCCGCAUGGGCAAGGACCAGAGCUCCCUGGACGCCGACCUGUCCGUCGAGGUGGGGCCAGGCUUCUCCGUGGGCCGCAUGAAGAUGAAGAACAUGUCCCCCGUGUUCCUGCUGCCGCCCCUCAUGUUCAUGGGCAUGAUGCCGUUCAUGUUGGCCACCCUCAAGGGCAUGGUGGUCAAGGCCAUGAUGCUGAACCAGGUGGCGUUCAUGUCCACGCUGUUCAUGACGGUGCGGGACACCGUGUUCGGCCCGCGGCCCAUUGUCAAGUACCACAACUACGGCUACAAGCCGCCGCGCCCUCCGGUGCACUACAGGCACCCGGCGCCGCCCCAGCACCACGUCGAGCACGAGCAGCACCACAGCGAGCCGGUGCACUUCGAGCACCACCACGAGGAGCACCACCUGCCCGACCACCGCGUGGAGCACCACGUGGAGCACCACGAGACGCACGGCGCGUCGCCCUUCUUCCACGACGAGGCCAGCAGCGGCAGCGCCGAGGACACCGGCUUCAACGACUACUCGCAGGACCUGUCGUACCAGGGCGCUGACGACCGCCACGACCGGACGAGCCACGGCCACAAGCAGGGCGCGCAGGGCCACCAGGGCGAGGUGCUCGACGAC